CCUUUACCAUGUGAUCUCUGUGAUCAUUCACAGCACUGAUCACAUGAAUCGGGACCUCACACAGCGGUCCAGUAUAUCGAACUGUGAUUGCGGCGUCCGCAGUCUCUGGUCAUCUCCUGUACUGUGUCCGCAGUCUCUGGUCAUCUCCUGUACUGUCCGCAGUCUCUGGUCAUCUCCUGUACUGUCCGCAGUCUCUGGUCAUCUCCUGUACUGUGUCCGCAGUCUCUGGUCAUCUCCUGUACUGUGUCCGCAGUCUCUGGUCAUCCCCUGUACUGUGUCCGCAGUCUCUGAUCAU